AUGGAUUCAAAUUUAUCGGCCACACUGCGGAAAGACGAUUAUGGAGACCGUACAAUGGGCGAAGUGAAGCGCGCGAAGGGUUGCCGGAAAAGAGCGUCCAUUUUGAUAAAACAAUUUUAUAAUUUGCACUCCUCAAGUUCGCCGAGAAGGGUAGCAGUUCCGGUCCUAGUGAAAGAUGGUAAGCCAUGUGCGGGUGGUUCCGGAAAUCAAACAUCAACCGCAACGUCCUCAGAUGCUAGUCGCGCCCAACAAUCCCCCGCAACCUGUCCGCCCCAACAGCAGUCGCAGUGUAUGGCAAAUGGAGGCUUAGCAAUGGCUUAUCGACAGCAAGGAAAUUACCAGCAACAGUGCGGGACUUACUUACCUCUACAAGCGAGGGCAUGGUAGUGAGAUAGUGAUAAUUUGGACGAUUUUCUAGAAAAUUUUUAUAUUUAAAUUUCUAUAAACAUUUGUGAUUAAAUCAAAGGGCACAAAACGCAAUCGUUGAGAGAGAAGUUCGUGCAAUUCGAAAAGAGCAAAUUUCGACCGAAUUUAUAACAAAUUAGGCAAUGGUUCUUAAGAUUAAUGUUGAUUUUCUUAUUGUUAAAGUGAAUAAUGCAAAAGUGCAAGAGGAAACGGAAAAAGAGUCGAUCUAGAAAGUGUUACCUAAAAUUUUCAUUGUAAAAUUUUAUUUGUCUCCUUAUGAAAUAUUUUUCAAAAUUCCCCACCCAAUAAUUGCUCUCUGCCGCUGAUGCUUUUAUUAUGUACGCGUACUACUUGUGUAGAUAAGUCAACCUGAAUGCAGAUGGUAGAUCCCCCCCCCCCCCUCCCCCAGUGUAAAUAUUAGCAGUAGUUGUAAAUUAGUAUUAUAUUUAAAGAUUUUCAUAACUGUACAGUAGUCCUUGUAAUUACGAUAGCGAUUACCUAUGCACCCAGGUGUCAUGUAAAACUGUGUUUCUAAAAUUAUCUACUCAAUAAAAUAUUAAGAAUUUAUCUGAUAAA